AUGUACUACUAUGAAGGUCAGCAAAACAGAAAUAUGAUUAUAAGUGAGAAAUCCAAUACGAAGCAGCUUUUGAAACCGCUUUGGGACGAGCUAUUAGAUAAAAAAGAAGUUUCUGUUGUUGCAGAAGGAGAUGCGACAGUAAAACUUGUAAGCUUGAUCGAGCUCGCCAAACGUCGAUGCGAAGAACAAAACGUUUCUGUUCGUCAAUCAACAUCUAUACUUCCUAGUAUCCGAACAUCAGGUAGUGGACUGGAAAAAGAAACAAGCUCUAAAGCGAAGUUGAAAAUUGACCUGCAAGUCAUUGAACAAACAAGUUAG